UUUGCGCCAAAUUCCUUUUAUUAUGAGAACAAAUGCAGGUAAAAGAGUGUUUAUUAGUGCCUGCUUGCCGUUUUGUGUCGACAUGUAGAAAUGGAUGACGCUGAACAGGAGGGUAUAGAUGAAGACCUGAUUGAGUUUGCCAUUCGAGAGAGCAUUCAGGAUGCCUACAAGCUGCCAUGUUCAGUACAAACAAACAGGAAAGAAGCAAACAGUGAUAACUUUAUGAAGAUAAUGGCAGCCAUCCACAAAGGUGAUGUGGAUGCACUACAGGAGCUGUCGGGUUGUGUGUCUGCCUUCAGAGAGAGUGACGGCAGGGGGUGGAUGCCUCUGCACGCAGCAGCUGUGCAGCCACGGCCAGAGAUCCUGCACGUGGUGCUGCAGGUGCUGACGUCCACAGAUGUGACACUGGAGGAGCAGACGGAGGAGGGGGACACGGCCCUGACUCUGGCGGCCGAGGCCAACCGGGUGGAAGGCGUCAGGAUGCUGCUGCAGCACGGAGCUUCACCGCACAACACCAACGGCAGGAAUGAAUCUCCACUGCUCCUCGCGGUGAGACAGAGCUCAUACGACAUGGUUUUAUCCCUCAUCAUGGGCGGGGCAUUUGUGGAGCAGGUGUGUCUCACUAAAUGGACGGCAACCCAUGAAGCUGCAAAGGUGGGCUGUCCAGCUAUUCUCAUGAUGCUGCUUCGACAUGGAGCCAAAGUAACAUCCAGGGACGGACAUGGGGUGACACCUCUGGGGAUCGCAGCUGAACAUGGCAACACUGAAGCUUUGGACAUCCUCAUACAGCACGGUGGUGAUGUGAACGCCCAGGCCAGCAACGGAGACACAGUCCUGUAUGAUGCGUCUGGAUCUGGAAACUUGGACUGUAUCAAGCUGCUUCUGCAGCACGGAGCCAACCCAAAUGUAGCCAGCUACGCCUGCCAGCUGCCCAUCCACAGAGCUGCGUAUGAAGGGCACACACUAGCCCUGAGGACUCUUAUCCCCAUCACCACAAAGAGAGCUAUCCGACUGUCAGGCCAGAGUCCUGUCCACUCUGCAGCUGACGGAGGACAGGUCGAAUGUCUGGAGCUGCUUAUCCAGAAAGGUUUUGAUGUGAACGCCCUGCUAGGUGCACACAUCUCUGAGAACUAUGGGGAUCUAAGGAAGUCUCCUCUAUACUUUGCUGUUUGCAACGGUGAUGCGACCUGCGCUGAGAUGUUACUGGCAGCUGGAGCAAAAACUGAUCAGGACCCACUACGAUGCAUCUUGGUCGCUAUACGGGCUGAGAGGUAUGAGCUGGUGCAGCUGUUGCUGUCCUAUGGAGCAGAGGUCAACUGUUAUUUCCGAGUCAUCAGCAACACAGUAUUCCCCACAGCCCUGCAGUACUGCCUCAGAGACCAUGUCAUGCUGCGACUGCUGCUCAACAGCGGAUAUCAAGCUCAUAAGCACGUAAACCUUUUGUUAAAUGUUAAACAUUUUAACAUUUCAUCUCUGCAACCAUGUAGGUGUUUUCAGUGUGGUCAUGGUAACAGUGAAGAAAUGGACAGUACCUGGACUGACCUUCAUAACCAAGCAUACCGGAUUUACACUCAACCUAAGAUCAUCUCGUUCUGUGAGUUUGUCUCGGUGUCAUGGCUCGCACAUCUGGUGGGCAGCGUUGUGAGGAUGCUUCUGGACUACGUCAGUCACAUCAGCAUCUGUUCUCACCUCCAAAGAAUCUUGAGGAGGAGGGCGGAGUGGGAAGAGAUUUCUGAAAUACUGAGUAAGCCUCGGUCUCUGCAGCACUUGUGUCGUCUGGUGAUCAGAAGUCGAAUGAGCUUAAAGAUACUGAACAAUCCUGAAGCCAUGACGACUUUACCUUUUCCUCCCAUGCUGACAAAGUACCUGACUUACAGAGAGUAUGAGCAGUAUGGUGAACUCUGAUCUACAUGAAACACAUUUUAUUCAUCGCUGUGACUGACACACUCAUUAUAAAGCAGCACUAAUUAAAUUAAGCCAGUCCUCAGUAUUUAUUUUACACUGACCGCACAUUUUAUCUCUCUUUCCUCAACCUGAUUUCAUGCCAUCUGGACAGAAGCAGUAGCUCUGUGUUGCUGUUUGGCUUCAGCCCUCGUUCAAUGUGUCUAUUUAUGUUCUGAAUUGCAUUUCAGUCUUGUAAAGGUACCAUGAACACACAUGUCAAUCAAGCACAGCAUGUACAAACCUUUACAGGCUUCAGAAGAGGACAAACUGUGCGGAUGAAGUGAAAACAGCCGUAUUUGUGGACAAGAGUGCCGUCACCGUCUGCUGCUUUUAAGUGUGUAUAAUCAAUAAAAGUUUUAAAAGUGUAAAAAUACUGUUCUUUAAAUAAAGCAUAUGUUUUUUA